AUGACAAUAUCUUCAAAAGAAUGUUGAUAAAAUAGUUUCCCAGCCACAUAGAUACAGAUGCAACAUCUUCGAUCAAGAUCCAAGCUUACCUCCUUCUUUUAUAAAUAUAUUAGUAUUAAUAUCAUAUGAUAUGAUUGGCUUGUUUUGCAUUUAUACUAUAAACUAUAAAGUAACGUGUGAAUCAAAUCAAAUAUGGAAGAGUCUUGCAAAGCUUCUUCUUCUGAAAUGAGCACCACAGUUGAGGAAGAAGAACAAGAGGGUCCUCCUCAUGAAGCCAUGUUUCUGGUGAUAGCUUACCUUCGAGUGUACGAGGUUUUAACCAUGUCUCGUGUUUGCACAUCACUGAGAUAUGCAGUCAACAAUGAUGUAUUGCUAUGGCUUAAAAUUAUUGUUGAAACCCCUCUCAAUUCAAGACUCUCAGAUGACACACUAUUGAAGAUCACAUCCAAAGCAAAUGGUAGGCUUCAAACACUUGCUCUUAUGAACUGCAUCCACGUUGCUGACCAUGGACUACAAAGGGUUGUUGAACAAAACCCCUUUAUUGAAGAGCUUCAUAUACCAGCAUGCACUGGGAUAACCCCUGAAGGAGUUCUAACAGCUGUGAAAACACUCUGCCAAAGAGCCAACUGCUUAACCACCUUGAGUUUAAACGGCAUUUACAACCUACAAAACGAUCAUCUUGACGUGCUUACCUCAAACCUCAGAAAAAACCUCCCAUUAGAAGACGAGCUAACACAACAGCCUAUCUACUAUCAUAAACGUGGCAGCGUUUCAGCAUUCAAGCACAACGAAAAUCAGAGGAUUAUUGAUUUGGAGAAAUGUCCCAAGUGCUUUGAGGUGAGAAUGGUAUAUGAUUGCCCAAAAGUGGACUGCAAUAGGAAGGAAUUGUGCCAAGCUCAAUGUAGGGGAUGCAUAUUUUGUAUUCCAAGGUGUGAAAACUGUGGUGGAUGUGUUGGAUCAGAAGAACUUGAAGAUGUUGCAUGCGGAGAUUUCUUGUGCCUUGAAUGCUGGUUACAGCUUCCCAAGUGCAAUUUCUGUAACAAACCAUAUUGUAAGCAGCACACAAAUUGGUGGUGCACUUCUUCAGAGUCUUCAUUUCUCUGCAGAGUUUGUGAUGAAAAUUCUCACGGAUAUACAUACACUGAUGUUCUAUAAUGAAAAUGACUUGUGAUGAUUAAGGUUAUAAUAUCAUCAUGCCUAGAAUUUUUGAGUUACUACAAUUAUUUGUAUAAAGUUUAUGCCUAUUCAUGAAUUUACAUAUUUGGAGCGGCAUGAUUUAACUGAGCCAACAUGAUUUCGUCCAUGCUUAAAAAGUCUGAGUUAACGAACUGAGUUCAAAACAAA